CGGACAACUUGGACAAACGCGCAACAUGGGGACAAAGAUGGUGUUUGUGACCGUGGGAACGACAAGCUUUGAUGACAUGGUUGUGGCUGUGGACGCAGACGAGGUGCGCACGAUACUCAAGGAGAAGGGAUACGACAAAAUCCUGUUCCAGAUCGGUCGUGGCACAUACGAGCCUCGUGCCCUCAACGGCACUCUCUCGACGUCCUUCUAUCGGUUCAAUGCUGCGUACAAGGACGACAUUCGACGAGCGUCGCUCGUGAUUAGUCAUGCCGGUGCAGGAUCAAUCAUGGACACCCUCGUGGAGCGCAAACACCUGAUCGUCAUUCCCAACUCGCAACUCAUGGACAACCAUCAAGAAGAACUUGCCGGGGCGUUGGCUGAGAGGCACCACUUGGUGGCCACCACGUGCACCCUGCUUGCUUCCUGCCUCAAGGCGGUGGAUCUGAACACCCUCGAACCUUAUCCAGACGUGGACGAGGCUGCAUUUCCUUCCUUUGUCGACAGCGUUGUCCACCCGCCGCAACACUCCAAGCAAGCAUGACCGCACACGACUCUACCCGCAAACCAUCGGUACUCGGCAACGCAUGCAGCUUACUACAAUCGCGCUGUCUUAAAUAGAGCUAGUUACUGAACGAAAACUACAGUAACGAGGACAAUAGUAUGGAUGUCUUGUUGGACUGAACCCCCCC